AUGGACCAGAAAAAGGUAAAGGCCAUUUUGGAUUGGCCUGAGCCAAAGAAGCUAGGAGAGCUUCGUUCUUUCUUGGGUUUAGCUAACUAUUACCGACGCUUUAUAAUUGGAUAUUCAAAGAAAGUUGCCCCAUUGACAGAUUUGUUGAGGAAGGACAAAUCAUGGGCAUGGGAUGACGAGUGUCGGCGGUCAUUCGAUGCAUUAAAGGAAGCGGUAUCGACAGAACCAGUUCUUUGCUUGCCUAGCUUCGAUGUACCAUUUGAAGUGCACACUGAUGCUUCAGACAGGUCUCUAGGGGGAGUCUUGGGGAAAGAUGGCCAUCCAGUAGCUUAUGAGAGUUGUAAGCUUAACGAUGCUGAAGCCCGAUACACUGUGCAUGAGAAAGAGAUGUUGGCAGUGAUACAUUGCCUAAGAACAUGA